GAGGGAGAGAGGCAUUUGAGAUUUUGGGAUCGGGACGACACGACGCCGUGCGCUGAGACAGCAAAAAGCUUCAAAGGUCAGUCGCCUUGGCGGCGGCGGCCGGCGGUGGAGAUAGAGAGGUAGAAGGAUGGAAGAUCUAAGCGAAGAAGAAAGAAAGGCUCUGAGAGGAAGCAAAUUCGCGCCUCUCCCCCCUCCUCCUUCCCGCUCUAACCAGUCCAGGUUAGCGCACCCCGGGGGGCCGUUGAAGACGAACAAAGCCGCGGCGCUCGCCAAGUUCUUGGAGAGAAAGCUUCAGGAGCCUAAUGGCUUGGCUUCCAUUGAUCCCGACCUCGUUGAAAUGGCAGUCAAGAAUGCCAAAAGUACCGUUUCUUCCGCUGGAGCUUCGACCUCUGGCAGAGUUGUUCGUCAUGUGAGCUCCUUCGGUGACUCUGUGGAGGACUCCAGCCAGGAAGGAGAUGCUGGGAAAAAGAAGAAACGAAAGCGAAACAAGGAAAAGAAGAAGAAGAAGGGCGCGAAGAAUGUAAACCAGGGAUCAUUUGGAGAAGGGGGCGGAGAGGGAAGUAAUUUGCAGAACAAAGGGAAGAAGGAAAAGAAGAAGAAAAAGAAGCAGAAGAACUAGAAAGGGAUGCCACUUCAAUGCAAUGGCCGCUUUUGUUUUCACUUUUGUUUGCAGAAGAGAUGCUCAUACGAAGCUCUUCUUUCCCCUGCCAAAAUUUUGAGGUAAUUUGGUUCGCCUUCUAUGUUCAACCGAAGAGUUGAGUUUCUAAUGACAAAAAUUAUCCAAGGCAUUUGGUGCUUGUGUUGAGGUUGAUUAGUUAGAUGAACUGAACUUGUAUGUCAAUUAGAUUAGUUUGCAAAAUAGUUUGUUGGUCUUGAAGCUGAAGGGAAGAGUGUGCACACUGAUAAACUAUACCUAAAUACUUUACACAUAUGGCUAUUAUCUGACCGAAGUAUAGGGAUGACUAUUAAACCCGCGAUCGU